AUGGCUUCGAUUCAAGAGGUUAUAGUGGGCCUUGGCCAGAGUCAGACUAAUGCUACCCCACUUUCUGUCGUAGCACCUAUUCUGGCCUUAGAGGAUGCACACACUUGUAUGGAUAGAAUCGAGCAGAGGAUGAGACAGAUGAGGAUUUCAAAUGGAGCUAUCAAUUGGGAUGAUUUUGAUGAAGCACCGAUGGUCAGUUUACCGGCCCAGUUUAGCAUGCCGGAGAUUGAGAGGUAUACAGGCAUAGGUUGUCCUAAGAUCCUUGUGAGGUUAUACAGUACUAUGAUGAGGGCCCAUGGGUUGGAUGAGACCCAAUUGAUUAUGCUUUUCCCCAUGUCCUUGAGUGGUGUAGUGCAGCGUUGGUUUGCUUCGUUAGAUGUUUCACGCCGUAGGACCUGGGAUGAUCUAGACCAAGAGUUUUUUAGACAAUUUGUGUUUAAUACCGUCAUUGAUGUCUUGAGGAGAGAGUUAGAGGCCUUGAGACAGGGACCAGAGGAGUCGAUGACUUCAUUUAUCUCUCGAUGGAGGGAGAAGAUUGCACAGAUUGUUGAUCGUCCUUCAGAGAAUGAUCAAAUUAGUAUGAUUUUCAGGAGCUUACAACCCAGAUUUGCUAGACACUUGAUGGGAUUUCCUCAUACGGAUUUUGGAUCCUUGGUAUAG